CGAAAGAGUCGGAGAAUAUAGGAGUAUACAGAGGUGGAGUCGUGAGCUUGUGAUGCGCCGUUCGAUCUCCCCGACGCCACGAAUGACCCCUUAGGCGGUCGGGGUUCUGCCACCAGACACCGCCAUCACUGAUAUCACCGAUAAUCCGACGCAGAUUUGGACAUGAUGCCACUCGCGCAUUCAACCGUUCAUUUAUUUACUGCUUCUUUGAAAUUGUCGCGCAAUUUACAAAUUGCAUACAAGGCAAUAUGUCUCGUGCUUCCAAAUUGACAUUGGCCGCGACUGGUCUCGGUACGGCGGGGAUCAUCUACUUUGUUCACUGGGCACAGGAACAAGAGAAAAUUGGGAUGCACAAGGCGGUUGAGCUAGACAUGGAGAAACAGCGUAUCCGCAGGGAGCGACAGGCCGAGUUUGAGAUGCAAAGGGCGUUGGAAGAAGAGUACCGGAAGCUACAGAAGGUCUCGCCCAGCGUUGAUGAUCCAAGCGGAGGGAAGUCGAAUCAAGGACAAACAUCAUGAUACACGCCCGAGCGGUUCUUUACGAUUCAUAGACUUUGUCUGGUAUGUUCAUUCCCUUGGUGUUCGGAGGUGAACCCUUCUUAACGAGAGAGCAGGUAUAGAUGUCCACUUGGCAUGUGAUGGCUGUAUGCUUGUAGAAUAUACCCAAAAUGUACAUUAGAGAUCAAUAUCCAUACCCGCCUCUGUAUACUAUAGAUUCAGUCUGUCUCUAGACCACAUGCUUCGCUAAGGGAUUGGCUGUUCAGCGCCACACCUGCUGAAAGAAGGCAAUGCGAAGGCUAUAUGGCAGCGGUAUAAGAAGCACUGCUAUGCAUGAACAUAUAUUCAUUCCGUAUUGCUUUAGCAGAAAUAUAUGUCAGUCUCAGACACGCUG